CUUAAACAUGAGUGUGUCUCCCUCUAGUGGAGUAAAGUUGUAAUUACUCACCGGUAAAAUUCGACGCAGGCUGAUAACGUCAUCAGUAGCAGCCACACUUUCUGUUGAACGCCACAGCCAAAAUGCUUUUCUACUCGUUUUUCAAGUCUUUGGUUGGGAAGGACGUUGUGGUGGAGCUGAAAAACGACCUCAGUAUAUGUGGGACACUUCACUCUGUUGACCAGUACCUGAACAUCAAGCUGACAGACAUCAGUGUGACAGACCCAGAGAAGUAUCCACACAUGCUGUCUGUGAAAAACUGUUUCAUCCGUGGAUCGGUGGUCCGGUACGUUCAGCUGCCAGCAGACGAGGUGGACACUCAGCUGCUUCAGGACGCCGCUCGGAAGGAAGCCAUGCAGCAGAAGCAGUGAUGGGGCUGCAAGGCCGGGGGGUGGGGGGCUUUUCUAACCACCAGUCGUGGGUUCUUUUAAGUUCAGUUUUAAGAGUACCGCUGUGAACCGCCUCCACACACGGCGCCGUUUGAUGGAGAAUUUGAGAGCAUUCCUGAUGUUGGCGAUCAGCAGGUCUGUGGGUUUUUGGACGUUUUCUUUACCUUUGAGGCGGUUUGGCAUUCUCAGUUUAGGUUUGUUAGUAUAAAAUCUGCAGAUGAGACCGCCAUUUUCUUAUCUUCCAACUAUUGUAACUUCUUUUGUUUUAAUGCCAUUUGGAAAUAAAGAUAAUUUAUAUUUUGAUGUGA